CGUGGUGGAAGACGUUUCGUGUUGAAUUUUCGAGCCGCGCCUGUCUUAAGCCAACAUUUCCUUCCUUUGGUGUUCUUGGACGUCUCUCGGCCUAAAUCCCGCUUUUCGUGAUGAAAAUAGCGCGUUUUUCGCGAGUGUAGCGCCCUCUGGUGUCCUAGAACCGGCGUUCGGGUGUCUUAACCAGAUUCGAAUGUUUACUCAAAGAUAAACGUUUUGUGAUUGUGUGUGACUGUUAUUUUGGUUUCUUUGCUGCCACGUCGCAUCGCUGGGCUAUUUCGGUCCUGUCCAGAAACCGCCGUUUCUAUUUUUAAGUGCCAUUUUACACUCGAUUCUUUGUGAUCAAGUGCAUCGCAGUGUCAGUGCUUGCUUCACGGAUAACUUGGAUUACAGUGUCCUUUUUGGAUUACGUCUCGCUUUCUUAUUGAUCGGACGUUUUGACGCGCUUUUUUGGAUUGAAUGGAAGUGGCAGUACUUAAUUACAUCGUCCUAGUUUUUUAAAGAAUGCCGUCAAGCUUCGACAAAAUGCCGGCCCUGCGCUGGCUGCUUGUAACAGCAGGCUAACCCGGGACUUUUUUCCUCUCAUAAGUUGGGAUCGCAGCAGGUGCAACCUGCAGGUCAUGGAUGUUACCUUCACAAACGUGUUGGAGGGGGCGCGUCAAUAUUUCCAGGGCCUGCCAACGGCCACGAGUUCCACGGCGGGCCCCACAUAUCCGAAUCAGUCCGACAACCUUAUGCGCAAUGACACCGAACAGCAAAAUCAAGAAAUGCCCCCGUCGUCGGCGGCCUAUUGGCCCCAGCAGGAGGCCACUCGCGACACACCCCCAUCGCGACCUUCCUACCAUCAAGGGUCCUACCAGGAGCAACAGUUCCACCAAUUCAAUCGACCGCAAUCGCGCGAAGCACCAUCCAAUCAGUACCAUCAGUACCAGAGAGCACCCUCGGUGGUGACCACGCCGGUGUCACAAAACUACCAUCAGUUGCAGAAUGUUGGUCAAGGGUACUACCAACAACAACAAAGGACAUACUACCAGAUGCAAGCGAAAAGUCAGCAAAGUACCCAACAAAACCCAUAUUACAAGCAUUUGUACACGCAAAGUACCAACCAGAUGCAAUACGGUACUGCCAAAGUCGAAAAUAAGCAAGAACAAGUGAUGAACCAGACGUCACAAGGGUAUAGAACCACACAUAAUCUUCCACCCAUCGCGUCACUAUCUUUGAUCAGUUACCAUUCCAGUAGGAGUAACAGAGAUGUGAUAAGAACAUCCAGUACCAAAACACGAACUUUGCCCACAAAUUCAAUGAAUCAAAUUUCUCAAACGCCCAAAAGUAGUACUUCCAACGUACAAAGGUACCAGGAAGAGUACCGAAAUCAAUACUCUAAUAAUCAAAACCGACUUCCACAAAACUAUCAAUACGGUACCACCACUACGACCCAAAAUUAUACACAAGUCAUUAUGACAACUUCCAAUUACACGGCUCCAGUACCGACUCAGUCUUCCCAACAGUACUACCAACAAACUACUAAAAUUCCCAAUCAAAAUGUCAAUGGACGAGUGGUACCAGUCAUCAAACAAAAACGCGAAUCUCCAUUAGAUUUAUCAGUGAAAACGGUACGAACUCCAGCUGAUUCGACUCUUGAUGAUGCUGAUCAAGACCGGAAGUACUAUAAUAUAGCAACAACAUCGAUACCGUCACACAAUUAUCCGACUUAUGACGUCUACGCCAACUCAUUCCAAAGAAGUUUGUCCUCGAGACCUGCACAAAUGCCAGCCAGUGCACCCAAAGUCGAAUUCCAUCCGAAUUUUAACACACAAUUGAACCAAAUCAAUAAUUAUCGCCGAAAUCCGGUCAUAAAUAAUACAUCUAAUACUAGUACUAAUAGAUAUCCAGUGGUUAAUAAUCCAUAUGUUCAGGCAAAACUUCCAAGGGUUGAUUUCCCACCUGCGGGUCAUGGUCAUAAAACCGCAGCUUUGUAUCCAGUACCGACACAUGACACCCAAAAGAAACGACCAGCGGAUACAGCACCAUCUAUAAUACCCAAUAAAAUGACCAAAUUGGAUACAUGGAGACAAAGUAUCGACCAACAAAUCGAACAAAGACUAUCAUCGUAUAAACAACAACAACAAGCUAAAAAAAUGGUCAAUGGGAACUACCAACAGACUCAGGAACGGCCCAAGGAAGUUUACACGUACCAAAACCGGCAAUACCAGUACCACAACCAGACUUACGUACCAUCAGCAACCGCCCAUCAGUACCCUGGAUACCAAUACCCAACCCAACAACAACAAGUAUAUAAUUUGCCUCAAAACAACCCAUCGGUGUCCCAAGUUACUAAUAAGAAUAAUCUAGGAGGUGCUGAUAAAAGAGUACUCUCUUUAUUGCGUAAUAGUUUAGAGAUCAAGGGUGCUAAGAAAUUGGAACAGGAACAAAUGAACCAACUCCACAAGUCCCGAAUUGACAUCCAGCAUCCCUCCACUGACGUCACAGCUCCUCUCCAACCCAAACCCGGAUUUAUAAACCGUCACAACGUCUCUCCAUUCACUCCUACCAACCUUCCAGACAAUAACAACAGUAUGUACAAACUCCAUAUCCCUAAAGCCAUCGAUUCGGUUAAUUUCGAGUCGGAUUCGAAUAAAUUCGAAGACAGUCAAGUUUUUAUUAACAAUCAUGUGAACCCUAAUGGAGAUUUGGAUGGGCUUGCAGCGCUCGUAGCAGCUCGAAUUCGAACCAAAGCCGAAUUGAAGCAAGUCUCGAAUAACCACCACCACCACCACCAACGGGAAGGAACGGGGACUCCCCCUAAAUUAAACAAAGAGAAACAAGCAAUGCCUCCGCGACGGAGGUUGUUUAGUCGGAAUGAAGACGAUGGAGGAAGCAAUGUUCCUCCGAGAGACAAGACUGGUCUUCGGAGUUCGUCCGAAACGUCUGUUUUUGAUUUUCCUGAUACGGAUUCCGAGGGGGAAAUGCCGGUUUUGGAAAGACAGACAUUGGAGGAUAUGAGACGCGAUCGACGAUCGUCAACGAAAACAACCGAGGUGAAAGCCGAAUCACCAAGACCGUUAACACCCGACGAUAUUUUCACCCAAGCGUGUGAUAAUUUUCUCGAACAAUUGAAAAAUGGAAGUGGGAAAAAAAGGGGACGCAGGAAAAAAAUCGAAGCUGAUGUUUUGGCAAAAUUGGAGACUGUUACGAAAGAGAAGCCUUUGGAUGAGGUGACAGUCAAGAAGGAGGACGAUGACGAUUCUGAUGUUCCUCUGAUUAAUUGUAAAAAAAUUGAUAAAACACCAAACAAGCAAUUGAGUGUAUCUUUGAACGACUUAACCCAGUUGAAGGAGGAGAAAUCUAACACUACUAAAGACGUCCCAGUUUUACCACGACCGGCUAAGAAACCCUCCUUUGGUGACGGCUCCCACUUCUACCCCGGGUGGGAGGAGGAGGUCUACCGGUACAAAAAAUCCCUCCGGAUGCCCCCAAGUCUCAUCCACGUGACUCGUCCUCCUCAAUACCACCGUUUAUCGACCUCCCUUCCCGAUUUGGACCCCUGUCCCAUCUCCCCCAUGACCAAAAUCAAAACGGAGAAUCUCGACAGUGACACCGAAUCAAACCACAGUUUCAACCUCUUCAGCAAACACAACUACGAUUCAGAAGGGAGUUCUUCGAUUAAGAGUUGUCCAAACACCGCCAAAGAGAGCAGCUCGAUUCUGGAUAAGUUACUGGAACGUUGUGGAGGUCGCAAGAAACGUAAACACAAACGCAACGAAAUUCAUCCGAAAAUCACACCCAAAGUGGAAAAAAUCGAGCUUUUGCCAACUCCAGGUCGCGACGAAAGCGACUUCCGUAAAACCACUCUCGAGAAUUUCAAAAACGUGUUUUUGAAGAGUUGUAAAAAGAGAAUCAAACAACGAGUGACAAUCAAGGAGGUGUUUGGGGAGGACCGACCUGCCUCGGCGCCCCCAGUCACUUGUGUCAAUCAUAUUAAAAUCAAAGAAGAGCCCGACGACGGCAGUUUGAUCAAAAAGGAGAAUGAUACGAGACAAGUCCUCAAGAACAAAUUAUUGAACCGCAAUCGGAAAGAGAAUCUUCUGAAGAGUUUGGUGGAUAAGAAGAUCAAGUCGGAAUUGUUGGAUGAAGAUGAGGAGGAUGAGGAUGGGGUUGAGGAUAGUAAGUCGGAAACGCCGUCGAUUGAUGGCGAUGAAGGAAGUUUGACGGGGAAGAAACGUAACAAGUUUAGAAACAUAAGACGUAAAUUUAGUUCAGGUUUUGAUUACAUACGUAAAAAGAAGAAGAGUGUGAAAAGGGAUCAAGAGAAUGAGAUUAAACCGAAACGAAGAGGACAGUUUACGUCGAAAGGGAGUCCAGGAUCGGUACAAGAUAUACAGAAAGAGAUUAAGGGAUGGGUUUUGAACAAAGGAAUUGGGGAAACGAUUCUUCACAGGGCGGCUCGGCUGGGAUAUACGGACAUUACAGCCUACUGCCUCGAAAAAAUGGAAUGUUCGCCUUCGCCGAAAGACAACGCGGGCUACACGCCCUUGCACGAAGCUAGCACAAAGGGCCACCUAAACAUCGCCAAAAUGUUACUGUUAUAUGGAGCGAACGUGAGCGAAUCGGCACGAGGUGGCAUCAGGCCUUUGCACGAAGCCGUCGAAAACGGAUCCGUCGAAAUCGUGCGAUUAUUACUCUCCUACGGAGCCGACCCCAAAUUGGCGACUUAUUCAGGGAUGACUCCUCUAGGUCUCGCCUCUGACGACACGACGACCAAAUUACUGCAAAGUCACAUCAACGACAUCGAAGGCAAACCGGGGUCGCCGUGGGACUUCGCAGGACCUGCUUCUUGUUUCGACCCGAAAGAGACCGGCUUCGACGUGUUGGACGACGUCCCCGCCCCCGACAUCCUCUCCGACGAGGACGAUCUCGAGUUCGAGGUUUCGGACGGUGUUUUACCCAAUUUGUACACACUUCGGGGCGAGUCGGCCAACGACCGGUGGAUUUUGCUCCAGGACUUGUCGAGUUUAUUGAAAAUCAAAUCUCGCGACGCUUUGUUAAGACAGAUUUGUCCUUCCGGUUCGAGUGCGUCGCAUGUGAAUUACAAGAGUGUUUUGCGAGAACUGAAAAUGUCGGACUUUUUGGAACAGGCGCAUUGUUGCCAAUUCCUCAAUAUCGGCGAAAAGAUAAACACUCGCGCUUCGAAGAUCGCUUUGGUCAAAUAUACGGACAAAGUGAGAGAACUAUUAAACGUUGAAAGAGUCUUGAUUUCGGUCAGGUGACCUACGAAGCGGGACACCUAGACGUCUUUUCCGUGAUAUUCUAUUGUUUGUGAUUGAAAAUUACCUGUUUGAUUUUUUUCGGUGUAAUAUUUUGGUGCUUUCUAGCAUUAUGACUUAAACGGUUUUUUAUUUGAAUAUACAGGGUGGUCCAGGGGUUCAGGCACGCUCUAUAACUUUUUUUCUAUCCAAGUCAUCGACAUGAUUUUUUUUUAACGAUAGAUCCAGCAAUGAGACUCAUUAUAAAAAUGUUUCUAUUCAUAUACAGGGCGUCCCAAAUAAGAUACUCAACUAAGUUCCGUUUUUUUUAAUGAAAACCACAUUUUUUUAUUAGAUAUUUGGAUCCGCCACUAAAUUGUGAAAAUAACGCAUCUUGGUUUUUUAGGCUUCCUGCAAUAGUUUUUGACUUAUGCCAAUUUAUGUGUCAAAAUUGCAUCAUGCAUAGGACCCACAAAAAAAUUCAUAACUUCAACUUCAAAUUUUCAGUCGAUUCCAUUGCCUACGAUUUUUUCAAAAUGACAAAAUACAAAUGGCAAUAACUCGAUUUUUUUAAAUACAACACUCUAUUUUAUUGCACCAUUACAUGGCAUUUUUUAUGAGCUUUUUGUCGAUUUUUGCAAAAUAAAAAUUCUAAAAAACAGGAAUCGAGUAGACUACUGUCGUAAAAUUUUACACUUAAUAAUUGUACACAUCUAAUUGUCAAUAAUGAAUUUUACUCGUGAAGAAUUAAUGAAUAUGGUUUACUGUAUUGGUGAAGCUCACAGAAAUCCUUUAUUAGCAAGCAAAAUGUACCUCAGAAUGAAUCAUUCUUUCCUAUUUUGUAAAGAUUACUAAAAUUAUUUCUUUUAUUGUGAUGUACUCCUGUUUCUAUUACAAUUUCAUUUUAUUGAAACACAUUUUUUUCAGAAUUGCAUAGAUGUGUCAAACGAAAACGGCCUAUUCGAUUUUUUUUUUCAGAAAAAAACCAUCAUUACUUAUUUUGCAAAAAUCUCAUAAAUUUUACAAAGUAGACUCCAUGAAUCCUAUAUCGACAAAGAGCUCAUAAAAAAUGCCAUGCAAUGAUGCAAAAUAGAGUGUUGUAUUUGAAAAAGUCGAGUUAUUGCCAUUUGUAUUUUGUCAUUUUAAAAAAAUCGUAGUACGCGAUGGAACAUCGACUCCGAGUUUGUUUUUAUCUCAGAAGACGCGCUAAAGCUUAAGGAAUCAACAGGAAAAAAGUUGGUUAAAUUAUCUUGAGUAAUUUUGAAAUUAUGAAUUUUUUUGUGGGUCGAUGUAUGAUGUAAACUAUUGCAAGUAAGUUUAAGAAACCAAGGUGCGUUAUAUUGACAAUUUAGUGGCGAAUCCAGAAAUGUAAUAAAAAAUUGGGGUUUUCAUUUAGAAAAACAGAACUUAGUUGUAUAUAUGAAUAGAAAUAUUUUCAUAAUGUGCCUCAUUGUUGUAUCUAUCCUUUGAAAAAAAAAUCAUGUCGAUAACUUCGAUAGAAAACAAGUUGUUGAGGAUGCACGCACUCCUGGGUCACCCUGUAUUCAUGUUUUUAGUUUAGAUAUUUAUUAUAGAGAAUUUAAAUAAAGAAUUAGGUUACCAAUGCUUUUUUAGAUAAUUUUACAACAUAGGCGUAUGGAAAUUCAGUUUGCGGUAAACUAAUUGUAAUGAGAGUGUGCAAUUCUUUUGUAUUCGUCGAGUAACUAGCUUUGAAUGUGUGAUCUUGUUGAAUAAAUAAUAAAACUUGUAUACUAGAAAUUAUUUUAUACAAAAAUGAUACUCACAGUAAAUAAGUAUUGUAAGAUAAUCGUUAUCGUUGAGCUCAGGGAGAUGUACUCUCUUUCAGAGUACCUUAGCAAAUCUACUGUGUAAUUAUAAAUAUUUGUAUAAAUGUAUACUCAUCUAGCAUACAACUUGUACAUAUUUUCUUGAACAUCUUUAUGUAUUUUUGUUAUAUAAGGUGAUAGCUUUUCAUUUUCUAUGUAAUAGACGAUGUUAUGUCAUGUGACUUAUAUGUGUGCUUGCUUACCUAAAGCAACUCCACUUGUUUUUUUUUCGGCUUUUAAUAGUUGGGUAGUUGUACUGUACAGUAAAGAGUUAUCUGUGAUGCGCAUCGGUGGCAAAGUGCAAUGCUUUUUUUGCAUAUGUAUUAAAAACAUAUUGUGAUUUGCCAAUUUGUCCUAUCCGUGUGAGUUUAGAAAAGUAUUUUUAAUUUAUAAAUCUUUUUUCACAUUUUUUAUGUUUUCUGUUCGAAAAACAUGUGAAAUAUUAAUAAACCAUAUAUCGAA